CGUCCAGCAGCUGAUCGGUUAUCCAGAAGAAGUUUCCCCUCAGUUAGGGGGGAGCUCCACUUUGAAGCAGGAGACUCCACAACCACCCUGCAUUAAAAAGGAAGAGGAGGAACUCUGCAUCACUCAGGAGGGAGAGUGUCUUCUAGGACGAGAGGAAGCUGAUUACACCAAGUUUCCACUGAGUAUUCUCUCUGUGAAGACUGAAGAUGAUGAAGAGAAACCACAAGUAGACAACCUCUUAGCUCCACUAUCAGAUAGUGAGGCUGAAGACGAGGUUGAAGAACCUUUGAGCAGCGAUACAGACUGUGAAGGUGAUAUGAGGACUCACACUGACAACAAACACUCUGAAUGCUCUUCAAAGAAAAGAGGUAAAACAUGUUUGAGCUGCUCGGUUUGUGCUAGAAGGUUUAAUAACAAGAGCCUUUUGACUCGACACAUGAGAACACACACAGGUGAAAAACCAUUUAAUUGUUCAGUUUGUGGCAAAAGCUUUCCUCUAAAUUUUCGUUUGACUGAACACAUGAGAAUACACACAGGAGAAAAAAAAUUUAACUGUUCAAUUUGUGGUAAAAACUAUUAUUUUAAGAGCCGUUUGACUCGACACAUGAGAACACACACAGGUGAAAAACCAUUCCGUUGUUCAGUUUGUGGCAAAAGCUUUUCCCGAAAUUGUGAUUUGACUGAACACAUGAGAACACACACAGGUGAAAAACCAUUUAGUUGUUCAGUUUGUGGAAAAAGCUUUUCUCGAAAUAUCAAUUUGACUCACCACAUGAGAACACACACAGGUGAAAAAACAUUUACUUGUUCAGUUUGUGGCAAAAGCUUUUCUCGAAAUAUCAAUUUGACUCACCACAUGAGAACACACACAGGUGAAAAACCAUUUAGUUGUUCAGUUUGUGGAAAAAGCUUUUCACGAAGUAAUAAUUUGACUUACCACAUGAGAACACACACAGGUGAAAAAACAUUUAAGUGUUCAGUUUGUGGCAAAAGCUUUUCUGUUAAGAGCAACUUGACUCAACACAUGAGAACACACUCUGGAGAAAAAUCAUUUAGUUGUUCACUUUGUGGUAAAAGCUUUUCUGUUAAGAGCAGUUUGAUUGAACACAUGAGAACACACACAGGUGAAAAACCAUAUAAGUGUUCACUUUGUGGCAAAAGCUUUUCUGUUAAGAGCAAAUUGACUCAACACAUUAGAACACACACUGGAGAAAAACCAUUUAGUUGUUCAGUGUGCUGUAAAAGGUUCCCAUUUAAUGCAGACGCAGUAAAACACAUGAGAACACACAAGGGAAAAUAAUCAAUUAGCUGUUUAGUUUGUGGUAUGUUGCUCAUAUGUGGUGACAUCCACCCUACCCAGGACCUCCUCUCUGCUUCUUUCACAAAUAUCUGAGGUAUUCAUACAAACUUGGAUUAUUUGGAGCAUAAUCUUAUCUACUCAUGACCCCAUGUCUUCUCUGUAUCUGAAACCUUCCUGAACAGUAAAAUAGAUGAUGCUUCGAGUGCUUGGUUACUCCUUCUUCAGUCCAGGGACCUGGGGCCUCAUGUGUCAACUUUGUGCACGCUCAAAAACCUGCACUACACCCUUUUUCACUGCAAAGUUGAGAUGUGUCAAAACUGACGUUGACACAUAAGUGAUGCUGGGUAACUGUUUGCAUAACAAACUGCCAACUUUUACUCCUCAGACUGAUUGUUGUGCAAAUCAGAGACAUAUGAGCAAUUAAACCCCAGCACCCACAACCCAACCCCCACCUCCUUCGACAUUCGGGCAUAACAGGUUCAAUCCGGCCCGCCAGAUGAGUUUGAGAAGUGUAAAAUUCAGCUGUUUUUUUAAUGAAAGACACUGCUGUUCUAAAUGUGUCCACUGGAUGUCGCAAUAGCAAUUCUGUUAUGCAAGCAAAUAAUUCAUACCGGGGCGAGCAAGUACACCAAGCAAGAGGUACACGGUAAAGCGGGGCUGUGACUCCUCCCCCUCCACCCAACGUAAAACAAGAGUAAAAUAAGCAAUCAGUAACCCCACUUAAAAUGCAGCAUGAGACACUGCACACUGAUAUAGUUCUGUGAAAAUGAUUGUCUUCUGUGCAAAUGUAAAGAAAGUGAACAGUGUGUGAUUUACUGCAAUACUGUCAGUCUUUUAACUUUUUAUUUGUGCUUUGUUGAAAUUGUUCACACAUUUCACAGCUUUUAUUUUUGUAUCAAUACACAUUAUGUCUAGAAGACAGGAAGUAACUCAACACUCUUGAAUAGUUUCUACCUCAGUUUGUAUGGUUUGUUGAGUUAGCACAGGAUUAAUAUGUGGAAAUGACAAAUGAGGUAGUUGACGCAUAGAAUAGUUUUUAUUCAUGCUUUAUUUUGUUUUUUGUUUAAUCCUAGAUGGGUUGUGACUUAAAGUUUAAUUGCUUUGUAGAUAAACUGAGAUUAAGUCUAACUUCAUUGUGUUCUUCAAGGUGUUUUUGAAAAUUCACAAUUGUUUUCCCUCUAAAUGGUCAACUAACUUGAAGUGUUUUGUCAAGAGGAUUAUUUUGAUAUGUACAUUUUCAGAAUGUGCUUGUUCUAUU